AUGGCCGAAGACUCCUUCCUACACCUUGCUCGCCCUCUGGGUCCCGUCAGCGUGGGCACCGCCCCGACCACUGCCCCUCUCAAUGUGGUUAUCCAGCCCCAGGCCAUCUUCGCGAUCCUGGACCACUCGCUCCGCCGCAACGCCGACCAGGAACGGGUGAUUGGAACACUGCUGGGCACACGAUCCGAGGAUGGAGGUGAGGUCGAAGUGCGCUCCGCGUUUGCCGUGGGCCACUCCGAGGCCGAGGACCAGGUCGAGGUGGACAUGGAAUAUCACAAGCAGAUGCUGGCGCUGCACCUGAAGGCGAACCCGCGCGAGGUGCUGGUCGGCUGGUACGCCACCGCGUCCGAGCUGAACACUUUCUCCGCCUUGAUCCAGAACUUCUACAGUAGCCAGGGCGACGGCACAUGGCCGCACCCGGCUGUGCACCUGACUGUCUCGACGGAGCCCGGCAAGGACCUCGAGACUCGUGCUUAUAUCUCUGCUCCCGUUGGCGUCACUGCGGAGCGUGCUGCUGACAGCGCUGCGUUUAUUCCUGUUCCAUAUGAGCUGCGCUACGGCGAGGCCGAUAAGAGUGGUCUGGAGGCCAUUGCCAAUGCCAAGGACGCCGAGGAUCGCUCCGUCCCUGUCCCCACAGACAUUGAGGUUCUGGAGCGUGCCAUUGAGGAGGUUCUGGCGAUGAUUGACCGUGUCUCACGUUAUGUCGAGUCCGUCAUUGACGAGGAGGCCCCCGCGUCGACCGCGAUGGGCCAGUUCCUGCUGAACACCCUGGCUCUGGCACCCAAGGUCGAGCCCGCCGAUGUUGAGCGGGACUUCAACAACCACAUCCAGGAUGUCCUGGUCGUCUCCUACCUGGCCAACACCAUCCGCACACAGAUGGAGCUGUCCACCCGGCUCGCAUCCGCCCAGCUCACUCUGGGCACCGGCGAGGCUGGCUCCGGCCCGGCCGGUGAGCAAGGCAACCGUGGGCGCGGUGGUAAGGGCCGUGGUGGCGGCCACCAGCGUCAGGACCGCGGGCAGCAGGCCGAGGAGGCCCGCGCAUAG